UGUCAUCAAACAAUUCAGUACGGCGUAAAAACAUCAAAUUGUUUAAUGGUUUAAUUCGAAACCACUCAGUUAUAUGUUUGAAAUAUAAAAUGUUUAUAAAUUAACAGUGUCUUUGUAUCUGCAAAAAUAAAUAAUGCUUCGACUCAACACAGGUUUUUGGAAAUUGAUACUACCUUCUUGCAAUGACAGAUAAUUUUGAGACACAACAUAAUGGAGCAAAUCUUCAUGAUUGAAGUUUUUGUCAAAAAGAUCGUAUUGAAAAUAGAACCACCUCAAAAAGAUGAGUAUGAACUUCAAUUGGAAGCAGAAGAAAGAAAAAGAGAAGCAAAAGCAUUAGCUGCGGCGGAAGCUGCAAAUAAGGGCAAAAAAGGUAAACCGCCUAAACAAAAGAAACCCAAGAAAGGGAAGAAAGGCAAAGAACCUCCAAUGCCUUCGGAAGAAGAAAUGAAAUUUAUGCAAACAUGUACCAUGCAAAUGAACUGUUUACCACUAUUUGAUUUUUAUGUCGCACAUGACAAUUUUAUAGCACCACCGCCUCCACCGCCUCCUCCUAAAAAGGGUAAGGGAAGACCUCCAAAACCGAAAAAAGGUAAGAAAGGAAAAGCUCAACCAAUGAAAAUUAUACUACCCUCUGAACCAUUGCCACAACCUCCUUAUUUUGGUGUUGGCAAUUCUGUCAUGUUCCUUUCAAGACCUUCAAAAUUGGAAGAAAUAUUGCGGAAAACUCCAAUUUACAUAACGGUUUGGAAUAGGGAUCAAGAUAUGAAUUGUAUAGGCUUUUGCAUUGUAGAGUGGCAUGAGUCCUUCUUUGAGUGUCUCCAAAAAGCUGCUGAUUUGAAUCCUGUUAAUAUGCACCAAGCAGAAUUCAGAGAAACGAAGAAGCCUGAAAUGGUAACGAAUACAGUAGAACUGACUCGACCAUUACAAUGCGAAGAAGAUUUAAAAGGAUCAGGUGAAAUAGAUUUUUUUAUUAGAUUGUCAUGUUUGGGUAACAGGGUUAUUAGUUAUUUUGUUGCUUUACCUGAAAUGGAACGUAUACCUGGAAGAAAAUAUUUGACAGAUGAUUUGAAACUUAAAGAUGUUGAAGUAGUGAGACACUGGGAAGGAACUACUAUAGAUGCCGUACCGCCUGUAGCGUACUUCUUCGGUGCUCCUGACAUAACAAGAGAGCCCAUAAAACCAAAAGAAGAACCCGUAGUGUAUGAAGAAUUCGUAGCACCAUUUACUAACAGUGAACUUACCAUACUCGCUAUGGGCUUUCCAAAAGGUCCAUGUGGAGGUACCAACUGUCCGAAACGAAUGGAUUAUAGAGGUAGUCAACACCAAUUUAUUCACGGCGAAACUAUUAAAGGAAAAUACCAACAUGGGCAAUUUGUUAAUAAAAGAGAUGUACACGGUCCUUGUGGGAGACUUGACUGUCCAUUAGCCAAAAAAGUCCGUAAUUAUCUUUGCUCUGAAGGUAGUUAUAAACCUUGCAAAAAACCAUGUUGUAAGGAUUAUUACUGAUAAAAUGUUAAAAAGAGGUCAGAAACUGAAUUUAUGGAAUCUGUACACUUCCCUUCCGGUAUUAAUAAAUUACAAAA